AUGUGCAAAAAACACCAGAUCAAUUCCGAGAAUUGGGACGCAGAUCGCUCCGCGACAACGGACAGGCUACUUGUUCCCACAUUCGUAUUUGGGACAUAUGUACAAUCGGGGGUUCUGCAUGAAAGUUUUGGCAUUCCAUUCCGUGAUGAGUACGUGCAAGAUGUUUCAAGCGCGUCUUUGAUCGCGAGAGAAGCGCAAAAAAAGAUGACAUAUCCAUAUCGCCUCAUACAACCUGGUGGUAUCAGUGUCGAAACCCCGAGCCCAUGUCCGGAGUAUGUCGUCAUCUCUUAUACCUGGGGUCGGUGGAAGCAUCGUAGCCGGGAUUUUGAUACUCCAGUGGAAGGAGGUUAUUGGCAAAUCCCGGCAAACUCACUUUUUAGUCGACAAGACUUGGACUUGGCCAUUCAAAAAAUUGCGAAUGGAGAUCACGCUUGGGUAGACGUCUUUUGCAUACCCCAACUCGACUCUGAUCCACUCCAUGGGCAGGAAAUCGGCAAACAAAGCGAAAUCUUUCGUUCUGCCGCUCGUGCAGCAGUUUGGCUAUGCUCAGGAGGUGACGAUGUUUUAGCCGAGAUCUGCUCGUGGGUUCCUGAAGAGCCAACCAUGAUGGACCCAGUCACUAUACCGUUCCCAAGCCGCUAUCAAUUUGAAAGAGGCACUGCAAGUCUCGUUGAAUUCCGUCGUAGAGCAAACUUGAUUGCGUCGCUAACAAAGGUUGUUCCAUGGACAACAUCGCUAUGGACACUUCAGGAGGCUGCUCUGCGCCUUGAUGCCAUCUUUUACGACAAAAAUGGAGAUACUGUCCGCCACAGUGUCAGUGGAAAUGCCAUCACGGUCGAUCAUCUGGCCAAAACUCUGCGAUAUGUCAAUCAAGCCCUUUUGAACAUGCGAGGACCGAAGUGGGAAGGAGGUGCUUGGAUGAGUGAAGACGAUCAUCUGAGCAUACUUCAACCCCCAGAAAAAUUGUCAGUCACAGAGGCUGAUGUUCACUUAUGGCUUGAGGCAAUUGACGCUGUUACUACAAUCAAUCUCCACAACCUAAAUACCAUGAACGCCAGCGAACUCUUACUGACUUCUACUCAUCGUACCUGCAAACGGCCCCACGACAGAGUGUACGGUAUCAUGGGUGCGAUAGGCGUAAACAUCCCGGUUGAUUAUACCAUGGAUCCCGCCAAAUUAAUGGAGCGAUUUAUCAUUGAGCUUCAUAACACCCUGCCAGCAGAGAUACAAUCAUUUUACCGGACUGGACCCAUAUGCCCCAGGGACCGCUCGUGGCUUGCUGAUGAGGGUUCGGUCUCGUUAGGCCUCAUUCGCCAGGGUGAUAUCCCUCCUAGCCGACCUUUCCACAGAAUUAGCCCCACGGGCUGUUUGAUCGUCAGGGAGCUUUUCAUAAUCUCAGAUACCGGCCUUGACGACCUCACUGCGCGAUUCCUGAACCAGACUGUCUCUGCGGGGUUCGAUGCAUUUGCAUUAUCUGAACUCAGUAACGGCACGAUAAAGGCCAAGCAGAUGCUGUCAGUUAUUGUUGUCCUCCCGUGGGGCGCCAUCGGAAACCUUGUAGUUUACGGUAGUAGUUAA